AUGAGUAAUAAUAAUAAUAAUAAUAAUUUAACACCAACAAAGAUGUCUACAUCACCAAGUGGAUCAGGGUGGAAAAUUGGUAGUAAAAUGAAUCAGUCACCUUCACAACAAAUACCAAAUAAAAACGAAAAUUCAUCACCAUCAUCAACACCAUUCGAAUUAGUAUCCCUUUUAUCAGCACCACCACCAUCGACCAAAAGAGUAUUCGACCCAAAUGCAUCAUCAUUGAAAUCGACACCAUCUACACCAACAAAAGUAAAUAGCAAUUUAUCAUCACCAAUUCUAUCAUCACCAAAAACUGAACAAAAAAAUGUUGGAUUUGUUAGAAAUAAUAGCACAGGUAAUUUUGGUUCAUUAACAUCAUUUCAUCCAUCAUCAUCAACCUCAUUUAUCCCAUCUACUCAAUUCCAUCCAUCGUCAUCAAUGGCACUUUUAAAGAACAAUCCAAUGAGUAACAGUUCAACAAGUAUUAGCAGUGGAAUGAGCAAUAGUAAUUCUGAUAUUAAUUUUAUAAACGAUCCAAAAUACAAACAACAUUCAUCAUCACCAUCAAAAAAUCAAAACAUUUUAAAUAAAAGUAGUAGUAAUGCAAUAAAUAAUCCAAAUAUUAAUAAUAGUAAUCCAAACAGUCCAAAUAAUAAAAAUACAAAUCAAUUAAUCGAUAAAAUAAUAACAGGUAAAAUUAAUGACGACAUUGAAGACUUGGAAAUAAGUGAUGAUGAAGCCGAUGAUAUUGUUAAUAGUAUAGUGAAUGGAGAAUUACCACAAAGAAUAACCACCACAACCACCACCACAACCCAAAAUAAUAAUGAAGAGGAAUUAAGCGAUAGCAGCUAUAGUAUUAAAAAUAGUACAAGUAAUUUUAAAUUCGAAGAUAUUGACGAUGUUGAAGUGGAUCCAGAAAUUUUAAAAAAAAUAUUAACAGAACAAGAUGAUGAAAUUAUCGAUGAAAGUAUUACAGUCGAUGAUAUUCUAAAAGAUACUGGAAUAGAUGAAAUCGAAGAAAAUGAAAUUUUAAAUGAAUUAAUUAAAUCACCAACAAAUACAUUACAGGUUCAAUUAGAGCAAGAAUUAAAUAUAACAGAGUCACGACAACCAAUGCUAUGGAAAUUUAAGAAUUCAAGAAAAUUGGUUAGUGGUAUAGUAGUGGAGCCACAAUCGUUACAAAAGAUAUCAGAACAAUUAUCAUCAUCAGAAAUUCGAAAAGUCGUUGGAUACCCCACAUGUUUUUCAAUCACAAAAUAUAUUUGUAUUGGUACCUCUCAUGGUUAUUUAAUGAUAUUCAAUUACAAUCAAGAGUUAAUUUCAAUUAUUGGGGGUUCAAUUUGUUCAGAUUGUGGUCCAGUCACAGCAAUCGAUUUACCAAGUUGUCGUGUAAACGAGGAUUGGUUAAUUUCAGGUCAUCAAAGCGGUCAUAUUAUUUUAUGGGAUGUUCAAACUGGUAAACCAAUCAAAGUUAUUGAAAAAGUACACAAAUUACCAUUAUUACAUUUGAAAUUUUUCGCAGAUGGUUCAAGAUUCAUUUCUUCAGACUCAAGUGGUGUAACAAAUGUUAUAGUUAUCACCAAAGGCUUUAUGUCCAUUGGCACCGAGCAACAAUUAUUAUUGAAUGGUAAUUUAGGUCAAGUUUUAGCAAUUUCAAUUUUAUUACCAGGUAAUUUUGAUCAUCCAACUGAUAGAUCCAAUAUUGUAGCAUUGGCCACCAGUAGAAAGAUUUUAAUCAUUUCAGCAUCAACCGAAGGUGUUUCGAUUUUAAAUAAUAAGAUCACUAGACCAAAGAAUCUUGUUGAUAAAACUGCAUUGCCUUAUCUCUCAUGGCGUCGUGUCACAUUCAAUAGAUCCUUGGGUCAUACUAAACCAUUGGAGCCAAUUUUAGCUAUUGGUUGGGGCACAAAUAUUCAAUUACUUCAAAUUGUAACAGCACCAAACGAUGUAAAGUUUUUAUCACCAGAGUUUAUUGUUGUUGCAGAGUAUCAAACUGAUCAUAUAAUUUGCGGUUUAGAGUGGUUGGAUAGUCAAACUAUUCUAUUCCAUAAUUCAAAAGAUGAAAUUAGAGUAUUUGACCCAUUUGCUUUGGAGGAAGUCGAGAGUGUCAAUAUAAAAUCAAUGCAACUCGUACACCAUUCAAAAUUCCAAUCAGUUUAUUCAUUCCAUAACAGUAUAAAGACAAUAAAGAAUAGAAUCUACUUUUUAGGUUUAAAUGGUGUAUUUACAGCUCAUAUUUUAACUUGGUUAGAACGUUUAUCAAUUUUAAUUAGUAAUGGACAAUGGUUCGAAGCUCUUUGUUUAGGUUUGGACUUUUAUGAAGGUAAAGCCAAAGCAACAUCAGGUCUUUCAAGUAAUACAGUGGAUUCGAAACUAAUCACAUCUGAAAAGAUUAUUGAAAUGUUAUCAAAUCUUUGUCAGACUAUUUUCAAUAAUAAUCCAGAGGAUCUUGUUGGUAAAUCUUUAAUUCCAAAACAUUUUCUUCAAGAUAUGGACCCAAGAAUUGAAUAUUUCAAUAUUUUCCAACAGUUGGCUUUAAUUUGUAUUGAAUUUUGUGUAUCCAUCAAACACACCAAUUUAUUAUUUGGCGAAAUUUUCAAUUAUUUCUUAGAGAGUGGUAUGAAAAGUUGUAUUUUAGAUUUCUUAGAACCUUAUAUUUUAAAUGAUCGUCUUACUCAUUUAAAUCCAGAAGUAAUGCAAACCAUGAUGACCUAUUAUCAAGAGUUGGGUAUUCUGGUUAGAGCCGAACAAUGUGUUUUACAUUUAGAUAUUUCAAGUAUAGAUUUCCAUCAAACCGUUGUACUCUGCAGAAAACAUGGUCUUUACAGUGCUUUAAUUUAUCUCUAUAACAAAGGUUUGGACGACUAUAUUACACCAUUAGAAGAUAUGAUGGAGAUGUUAAUCAAACCAAAGAAUUUAAAUACUCAACUAACAGCAAGCGAAAAGAAAUUUAGAGAUGAAGUUGCAAAUCAUUUAUUAUUAUACUUAAAAUUAUCUCUUAGUGGAAAAGCAUUCCCAACUGGUUUAAUUCAACAAAAUCGUGUAUUAUCUUUAAAAGCUGAAAUCUAUGAAUACCUCUUCCUCCGUAACAUUGACCCAGAUGACCCAACACCAUAUCCAAGAAUCUUUAAUCUUUUAAAUUUAGAAACUACUGGGUUAUUAAAAAUUUUAUCAUCUGGAUUCUAUGAUAAAAAUUUCCAAGUACCAAAUCACAGCAACGAUGAUUUAGUCCCAGAGCUUUCAGUACCAAAUUUACCAUUAAAUUUCCCAGUCAGUCGUUCAAACUUAACUACCUUCAAUAUGAUAUCCGUAUUGCUAUUGGUAAUGAUCGAUAAACAACAAAAUCCAUUCAAUUUAAAACAAAAUGAUCAAUGGGCAUUCUCAUUCCAACAACAGGGUCAACUUUUAUGUAUAUUGGGAAAAGUUUAUGCUGAUGGUUUAUUCCGUGUAGAUUCAACAUUAUUAAAUAGAAUUAUUGGUAUGAUUUCAGUUCCUCCAGUUGAAAACACUCCAUUAUUCACAUUGAACGAAAGACAAAGUGUUUUAUUAAGAAUAUUACAAAAAUUAACAACCGAUCUAAAUACCAAGAAAGACUUUGAUUAUGAUAAACUUUUGUUAUCAUGCGAAGGUAAUGAAUUCUUUAAAGUAUGUCAAUAUAUUUAUAGCUUCAAGGAUAAUUAUAGCAAGAUGAUUACAUGUCAAAUUAAAGAUCAAGAGAAUAAACACCAAUCGUUCGAUUAUAUUCGUACAAUUCUAGCUAAACCAAAUCUUUCAAAAGAGAAUAGAGAGACCGUUAAAAACACAUCAAUUAGCAACUUGGCUCAGUUAAUUUUAAUUGAUAGUGUUAAAACUGCUCAGUUAAUUAUGGAUUGUUUCUCUAACGAUCAUGAAAAAGUCUUAAAAGAAUUGGCAGCUUUUCCAAAACUUCAAUAUACAUAUCUUCAAGGUCUCUUUAAGAAAUCUUUAACCGGUUCAACAAUCAUCCAACAAUAUGGUUUACAUAUUUCUCAAGAAACACACGAGCUUUAUCUAAGAUUAAUGUGUGAAUUCUCACCAUCGAAUGUUUAUAAAUAUCUUUCAAGUAACGACGAUUAUCCAUUAGAUAGCUGUUUAAGAAUUUGUCAACAAUAUAACAACUUUGAAGGUGCAAUUUAUUUAUUAGAAAGAAUUGGCGAUGUUUUCAAAGCUUUGGAUAUGAUUUUAAUGGUAUUAAACGAAAAGCUUCAAGCUCUUUUAGAUCAUUUCGCACAGGUUUAUGUAAAUGUAAAACAAUUGAAAAACGAAGAAAAUACUCCAGCAUCACAACAAGAAAAGGAUGUUGUUAAAGAUUUAUUCUCUGCAAUAUCGCUUUGCCAACGUAACUCACCAAAACUUAACGAUAACGAAAAUGAACCAUUAUGGUUUACACUAUUCGAUACCAUCGUUUCAUAUAUUCAAAAAGUUAAAAUUCAAACCAUGAAAGGUCAAUUCAGUAAAACCUCAUCCAUUUACUCCAAAUCAAUUUCAUUCCUUACAAAAUUGGUACACUCUAUUAUUAAUAAUAUGAUGGGAUAUGUAGCAUUACCAGUUAUCCUCAGUAGAAUCGUCAACGAGUAUGGCAAUAACGAUUUGGGUGAUUUUAAACAAAUUAUUCAGGAUAUGUUGGAUACUUGUAAUUUCGAAACUAUAAUUUUAGAAACAGCAAACGAUUUAAUACAACAAGAUAUGUAUAGUGCCACCCGACAUUAUGUUGACAAAUUAUCGCGUGCUUAUUCACCAAAUAUUUCACGAUGCGGUAAUUGUUUACGUCCACUUCGUGAAAGUCCAAUUUCAAACCAACAACCCAAUCAUACUAUGGUUUUGGAUAUGUUGGUAGUUUUCCAGUGUAAUCAUACUUUUCAUUCUGAAUGUCUUGGAAAGCAUAGAGUUUGUCCACUAUGUUCAAAAGAAAAAGAAAAAAAUACAGCAUCAAAAAAUAAAAAACAACAACAACAAAAUAAAAACAAUAAUUCAACUGCCGAUAAUCAAGAUAAUCAAUUAAAUGCUAAUAAAUUUGACAUGUCAAAAUACGAACGUGAAAAAGCUCAAAGAGAAACAGCCAAAUAUAUGGAAAGAUUAGAAAGAUUUUCUAAAAUGAAUCAAAGAUCAUCUUUUAAAUUUAAUCACAAUUCACGUCAUUAUCAGCAACAACAACAACAGCAAUAA